CAAUUCGCAUGACCAAAUUAUAUAAAAAUUAAGCAAAAAAUAACCCUGGCCACUUGAUUUGUAUACAAUAUAUAUAAAAAUAAACGCAGUUAGUUAUUUGACUGUAAGUUGUAAACACCUACGAAUAAAUAGUUCAUUUUCGUGAUGCUGCCAAUAACCCGUGCUACAAUAAACAACUUCUGUAGAGCAUGUUUACAAGAUUUGGACAAAUCAAAAGUCACACAACUGCAUCAUAAUUUGAAAGAGGAUCUGCAACUCUUACGCAUCGUGGAAUUAUUGGCAGACGGAAUACAACCGAUGACAACAAGAAUGAAUUUAGACAUGCCAACCCGUCUGUGUCAUAACUGUUAUACAAAAAUUGGCAUAUUUUGCAAAUUCGCAGAGAUGUCCAUCUGUUCGAAUGUUGCUCUAAUUGAAUUAACGGCCGAAAAUCUCGUUAUAACUAAAAAUACUAAAUUUAAAAUGAUAUGUGCUACAUGCUUUAAAAUUAAAUCAGAUAAUAAUACUUGCACACCUGAACUGCAAAAUCUACUACGACUCAUAUUUACAGGAAUUAGUAAGAAGUCACCAUCCAAAACUAUAUGCAAAAAUUGCACUCGAAUAUGUAAAACUUUUCUUGUAUUUCAAAAGACACUGCAAGAGAGUCAACAAUAUUUAAAAUCUACUAUAAUGUCAAAGACAAUAGAUAUGAUAGGACUAGAUGAUACACCAAAAAAGAAUAUACACCCUAGCUUUGAAAAUGAAAUCGAGGGAAAUAACGGCAAUUUGACCAACAAAAAAGAUCAGGAUAUUUCCGACAUUGAAAGUGAUUCUGAAAUAGACAAAGUUAUAAUAAGCUCACCCAAGGCAUUAAACCAAUGUGCAUAUUGUCAACGCGAAUUCAAACGUAAGACUCACUUAAAUGACCAUGUGAGAUUGGUGCACGAACGCCUCCGCCCAUAUAAAUGUGACUUUUGCGAACGCUCAUUUGGAUUGCCCAGGACCUUAAGAAUCCAUAUAAUGGGUCAUACGAAAGAGCGACCCUUUACAUGCAACAUAUGCCAGAAGUCGUUUCGGCAAAAGACUGAAUUGAAUCUUCAUAUGAAUAAUCACAUGUCGAACUCACAAUUUCGAUGUCCAAUUUGCUCGCAUGAUCGAGCCAGUCAAGAAGACCUCGAGGCCCAUAUGUCGCGACACAAUAACAAGGAGGGAUAUCAGUGCAGUACGUGUGGACGAAAAUUUAAGAAACUUUGUCAUCUGAAAGAACACGAUGAUGCAGUACAUCUAAAGCUCCGUCCCUUCAUAUGCACUCAUAAUAAUUGUGGAAAGGCGUUUGGCGCACGCAAAACACUCUAUACACAUCAAAGGACACACACAGGAGAACGUCCGUUCAAUUGCAAUAUUUGUAGUAAACAAUUUUCAAGCAAGGCAAGUCUUUCGCGGCAUUUACGUUCCCAUAAUGAAGUGCUUGUGAAAGAAGAACUUAUUGAGUAAAUAUGAUAGUCGCAAAAUUA